UAUAACCAGAGAGGGGCCACUAUGUCUGAGGUGCGAAAAUUCACAAAGAGGUUAAGCAAACCCGGGACGGCCGCGGAAGUGAGGCAGAGCGUGUCGGAGGCAGUGAAGAGCUCCGUGGACCUUGUGGAGCAGCCAAAGAUCAUCGAACCACUGGACUACGAGGCUGUGGUGUUUCAGAGAAAGGCCCAGAUCCACAGCGACCCCCACCGAGACCUGCUGCUCUGCCCCGUCGACGAUGUCUCGGAGUCGCAGAUCGUCCGGCAGAGGAGGACCGUUGUUCCCUCUGUGCCUCAGAAUGCCGAGCGGGAGGCCAGGAGUCUGUUUGCCAAAGAGUGCAUCAAGACGUACAACACCGACUGGCAUGUAAUCAACUACAAAUACGAAGCUUACUCUGGUGACUUCCGCAUGUUGCCAAGCAAAGGCCUGAAGACAGACAAGCUGCCGGCUCAUGUGUUCGAGAUCGAUGAAGACGCCAAAGACGAGGACUCGGCAUCGCUGUGCUCCCAGAGGGGAGGCAUCAUGAAGCAGGGCUGGCUUCAGAAAGCCAACAUCAACAGCAGCCUGUCUGUCUCCAUGAGGGUGUUCAAAAGGAGGUACUUCUACUUGUCCCAGCUCCCUGACGGCUCCUACAUACUCAACUCCUACAAGGAUGAGAAGAACUGCAAGGAUACCAAAGGAUCCAUCUACCUGGACUCCUGCAUAGACGUUGUUCAGAGCCCUAAGAUGCGGCGUAAUGGCUUCGAGCUGAAGAUGCAGGACCGCUACAGCCACUUCCUGGCCGCGGACAGCGAAGCAGAGAUGGAGGAGUGGGUGGUCACCCUGAAACAGGCUCUGCAGAGCACCACUGAGGCCAGCCAGGACAGAAGGAACGGUGCAGAGACACUGGACUGUGCCCUGGAUGACGAUACCACCAGCCAAGGUAAAGGGGAGAGCCUGCUGGAGAGCCUGGGGAGGAGCUUACAGCCUGAACUUGUGAAGUUUGCCAGGGAGACGGACCAGCUCAAUAAGAUCAACAGGAAUGAAGGCAGACAAAAGCUUUUCUCUCUGGAUCCUGAGACACAGAGGCUGGACUUCUCAGGCAUCGAGCCAGAUGUGAAGCCAUUUGAGGAGCGCUUUGGCCGCCGCAUCGUGGUCAGCUGCCACGACCUGACCUUCAGUCUCCAGGGCUGCGUUAGUGAGAAGGGUGACGGCGUCCUCACUAACGUGGAGCCAUUCUUCAUCAGCCUCGCUCUCUUCGAUGUCUCCAAGAGCUGCAAAAUCUCGGCCGACUUCCACGUCGACCUCAACCCGCCCUGUGUCAGGGAGAUGCUGACCGACGCCUCAGGCCAGCUCUCGCCUUCAUCUGACUCAGACGGUGGAGGAGGAGGAGGAGGAGUCCGGGAGGGAGGAGGGGGAGGUGGAGUCAUGGUGAACGGAGACUCGGGGAAAGGGAACGGCCUGCCUGUUCUUCAGAGGGUGUCGGAGGCUCUGCUGCGCUUCCCUACACAGGGUAUCUUUUCAGUGACCAACCCCCAUGCAGAUAUCUUCCUGGUGGCCCGGGUAGAGAAGGUGUUACAGAACGGCAUCACACACUGUGCCGAGCCGUACAUCAAGACCUCCGACAUCAACAAGACUGCUCAGAAGGUGCUCAAAGCUGCCAAGCAGACAUGCCAACGCUUGGGCCAGUACAGGAUGCCUUUCGCCUGGGCUGCCAAGCAGGUGUUCAAAGACGCUCAGGGCAGCCUGGACAUGGAUGGGAAGUUUUCUCCUCUCUACCGCCAGGACAGCAGCAAAAUCUCCACUGACGACAUCAUCAAGCUGCUGGCAGACAUCAGGAAACCUGAGAAGAGCAAACUUCAGACCAUCCCUGGACAGCUGAAUGUCACCAUUGAAUGUGUCCCACCUGACUUCUCAAAUACGGUGACUUCCUCUUACAUUCCCGUCAAGCCAUUCGAGGACGGCUGCGAGCGGGUGUCGGUGGAGGUCGAGGAGUUUCUCCCCGAGGAGGCCAAGUACAACUACCCCUUCACCACCUACAAGAACCAGCUCUACAUCUACCCCCUGCAGCUCAAAUACGACAACCAGAAGACCUUCACCAAGGCUAGAAACAUUGCAGUCUGCAUCCAGUUCCGAGAUUCAGAUGACGAAAGUGCAGCCCCUUUAAAGUGCAUCUACGGCAAGCCAGGAGACUCGCUCUUCACCGGCAGCACCUACGCUGCCGUCCUGCACCACAAUCAGAGCCCGGAGUUCUACGACGAGGUUAAGAUUGAGCUUCCGGUCCACAUGCACGAGAAACACCACAUCCUCUUCACUUUUUACCAUAUCAGCUGUGAGUCCAGCAGCAAGGCCAGCAGCAAGAAGAGAGAGGGAGUGGAGUCACUGGUGGGUUACUCCUGGAUGCCUUUGCUAAAAGACGGGAGGAUGCAGUCAGUAGAGGUCCAGCUGCCUGUAGCCGCCACCUUGCCUCCAGGAUACCUGAGCCAGGACACCAGGAAGUCCCAAUCAGAUAUCAAGUGGGUGGAAAAUGCCAAGACACUGUUCAAAGUGAAGACCCAUGUGGCAUCAACAAUAUAUGCUCAGGACCUGCAUCUACACAAAUUCUUCCAGCACUGCCAGCUGAUGAGGUCAACAUCAGAGGCCAACCAAGCAGAACUUAUAAAAUACCUGAAGUGCCUUCAUGCCAUGGAGACUCAUGUAAUCGUCAACUUCCUACCAACGGUGCUGAUGCAGCUGUUUGAGGUUCUCACAGCAGCAACCAAAGAAGCCCAUGAGAUUGCUGUCAACUCGCUGCGUGUGAUCAUACAUAUAGUCUCCAGAUGUCACGAGGAGGGUCUGGAACAUUACCUGCGCUCUUUUGUCAAGUAUGUGUUUGUGACCAACAACCCUGCGUCAGGAAACUCAGCGACCACUCAUGAGUUGCUGGCCACCGCUGUGACAGCCAUCCUCAAGCACACUGCUGAUUUCAACACCAGCAAUAAACUGCUCAAGUACUCCUGGUUUUUCCUUGAAACCAUGGCCAAAUCCAUGGCCCAGUACCUGCAAGAGGGCAAUCGCAUGAAGAUGCCACGGGCCCAGCGCUUCCCCGACAGUUUCCACCAGGCCCUGCAGUCGCUGGUGUUGUCCAUCAUGCCGCACAUUACCAUCCGCCACAUGGAAAUUCCGGAGGAAGCUCGCUGCAUCAACCUGAGCCUGGCCAAUUUUAUCAAGAGGUGCCUGACCGUCAUGAACAGGGGCUUCGUCUUUGGCCUCGUCAACCACUACAUGUGUCAUUUCGGUCUCAAAGAUCCCAAGGUGCUGACUGAAAUGAAAUUUGAUUUCCUCAUGACAUUGUCCAACCACGAACACUUCAUCCCUCUCAACCUGCCCAUGGCUUUUGGGCGCACCAAGCUGCAGAGGGUACAAGAUUUUAUUCCGUAUGCGACGGAGCUUUUUGGCCCUGUAGAGCAGAGUCUGGAGUUCAGCCUGACGGAGGAAUACUGCCGUAACCAUUUCCUGGUGGGUCUUCUGCUGAGAGAAGUGGCAGAGGCCUUACAGCAGGGGCCCGAGGUCAGACAGCUGGCCGUGAGCGUUCUCAAGAACCUCCUCAUUAAACACGCCAUGGAUGACCGCUACACAGCGUAUAAGAACCAGCAGGCCAGGAUCUGUUUGCUCUACCUGCCACUUUUCGAGCUGCUCUACCAGAACUUGAAGCAGCUGUCUGCCCAGCCGCACACCUCCAGUCCUGGACUCGGCCUCAACGGCUCCAGAGAUGACCUGAUAUCAACCGGUUCCACAGACAGCAGGAGAAUCAGCACCGCAAUCGAAAGAGACCAUGGUCUGCCAGCUCAGAAUGGCCACGUCGUGAGGCGAGAGGACUCCAGAGGCUCCCUGUUUAUGGACCCAGGAACACCAGACAGCAUCGAGCUGCAGAGGCGUGGCUCCACCAUGAGCACCAGCGCCAUGCCUCCCAUCGGCAAACUGGGCCAAUAUGAGAUCAAGGGUCUCCUGCUUUCCUUCCUGCACAUCGUCAAGACCUUGUCAGAGGACACCCUCAAUGCCUACUGGAACAAAAUCAACCCUCAAGACAUCAUGAACUUCCUCAGUUUGCUAGAGAUCUGUCUGAACCAGUUUCGAUACAUUGGAAAAAGGAACAUUGGCAGGAGUCAGGAGGUGUGCAUGUCGAAGCUGUUCUCCUCAGACAGGAAAUCUCAGACAAUGCCAGCUAUGCGCUGCAACCGAGCCAGCCUCAUGCAGACUAAGAUACACCAGUUCAGCACCAUGGAAGCCUCCCUCACACUCAAUAUAGGGACGGGGCCAUCGGAAGCAGAAAUCCACCAUCAGGCUCUGCUGGAGGGCAACAUCUCCACUGAGGUCUGCCUGAGCGUCCUGGAUGUCCUCUCCCUUUUCACUCAGUGUUUCAAGCCUGACCUUCCUUAAAGUCAGUCAAUCAGAGGCUGCCCUCAGGCACGUUUUCUCCGCACUCAGGGCUUUCAUUAACAAGUUCCCGUCGGUGCUGUUCAAGGGCCGCGUGACGCUGUGUGAGGCUCUGUGCUGCGAGGUGCUCAAGUGCUGCGUCUCCAAGCUGGGCUCCCUGAGGGCCGAGGCUUCCGCCCUACUCUACCUGCUGAUGAGGAACAACUACGAGUACACCAAGAGGAAGACCUUCCUACGCACGCACCUGCAGAUCAUCAUCGCCGUGAGCCAGUUGAUCUCCGACGUGGCGCUGACUGGAAGUUCACGCUUCCAGGAGUCUCUCUCCAUCAUCAACAACUUUGCCAAUAGUGACAAGGCCAUGAAGUCCACGGCGUUCCCCUCUGAAGUGAAGGGUCUGACCAAGCGGAUCCGUACGGUGCUGAUGGCCACGGCCCAGAUGAGGGAGCAUGAGAAAGACCCGGAGAUGCUGCUAGACCUCCAGUACAGCCUGGCACGGUCUUACGCCAGCACCCCCGAACUAAGACGAACCUGGCUGGACAGCAUGGCCCGAGCACACCUCAAGAACGGAGAUCUCUCGGAGGCAGCCAUGUGUUAUGUUCAUGUGGCAGCACUGGUUGCAGAAUACCUGCACAGGAAAAAGCUGUUCCCCAGCGGCCUUGCAGCUUUCAAGAAGAUUACCCUGAACAUCGAAGAGGAGGCCGCCAUGAGGGAAGACACCGGAAUGCAAGAUGUCUAUUACACAGAGGAAGUCUUGGUGGAACACCUUGAGGUGUGCGUGGAGGCACUGUGGAAAGCUGAACGCUAUGAGCUCAUCACACACAUUGCCAAACUCAUCAUCCCCAUCUAUGAGAAGCGGCACGAGUACGAGAAACUAAGCCGACUUUACGACACUCUGCACAGGGCAUACAAUAAGAUAAUGGAGGUUAUACAAUCUGGCCGCAGGCUGCUUGGGACGUACUUCAGAGUGGCUUUUUACGGACAGGGCUUCUUCGAGGAGGAGGACGGGAAGGAGUACAUUUACAAAGAGCCCAAACUCACUGGCCUGUCCGAGAUCUCUCAGCGGCUGGUGACACUCUACGGGGAAAAGUUUGGGCCGGAAAACGUCAAGAUAAUUCAGGACUCAAACAAGGUAAACCCCAAAGACCUGGACCCCAAGUUCGCCUAUGUCCAGGUGACGUUUGUGAAGCCGUACUUCGAGGAAAAGGAGGCACCGGAGAAGAAGACUGACUUUGAGAAGUGCCACAACAUCAACCAGUUUGUGUUCGAGACUCCUUACACGCUGUCGGGCAAAAAACACGGCGGUGUGGAGGAGCAGUGCAAGAGGAGGAUCGUUCUCAAAACUGCCAACACCUUCCCGUAUGUGAAGAAGCGCGUGGAGGUGGUGGAUGAGAAGAAGGUGGAGCUUAAGCCGGUGGAUGUGGCCAUAGAUGAGAUGAAGGCACGAACAGCCGAGUUGACCAAACUCUGCUCCAGCCAGGAGGUGGACAUGAUCCAACUGCAGCUCAAACUGCAGGGCUGCGUCUCUGUGCAGGUGAAUGCAGGUCCAAUGGCCUACGCCAGAGCGUUCUUGGAUGACAGUAAAUCCAACCAGUCUGGCAACAAGAAAGUAAAAGACCUCAAGGACAUUUUCAGGCGUUUUGUCCAGGCUUGCAGUAUAGCUCUGGACAUAAACGAGCGUAUAAUCAAAGAGGACCAAUUUGAGUAUCACGAGGGCCUGAAGGCCAACUUCAAGGAAAUGGUAAAGGAGCUAUCUGACAUCAUCCACGAGCAGAUCUACCAGGAGGACAUGAUGCGCUCGCUGUUACAAAACUCCCUCCAUGUGUUUCGUGCCAUCAGCGGGACGUCCACAGACCUGGGCUGACCUCUGUACCGCCGGACCUCCCCCCCCCCCCCC